AUGGUUUCCAAUGCACCAUCUCAGUGCUGCAUGGUGGGACACCUGCACGAGGGCAGGGCCAGAGGGGAGGUCCGACAAAUUGCCGACAUUUCGACGUACAUCGUCUAUCCAACCGAUCGGUCGACAAAGAAUGCCAUCUUGUUUUUCACCGACGGCAAUGGCCACCGGUUCAUCAACGCCCAUUUGAUGGCGGAUCAGUUUGCCGCCCGCGGCUACCUCGUGGUCAUGCCUGAUCUAUUCCACGGAGACCCCAUACCAAUCGAUUAUGGGCCUGACUUCGAUAUUAUGGGCUGGUACAACCAACAUCUGCCACCUAGGGUCGAUCCCAUUGUCGAUGCUAUGCUGGGGCAGAUGCGCAGUACCCUCGGCUGCCAGCGAGUUGGCGCUGUCGGAUAUUGUUUUGGUGGCAAAUAUGUGUGCCGCUACCUCAAAGCAGGCAAACUUAAUGCAGGGUUCAUGGCCCAUCCAACCAUGGUGCAGGUGGGGGAGCUGGAAGGGGUUGAAGGGCCGUUGAGUAUUGCAGCUGCUAUUGUUGAUCCCGUCUUCACCACUGCCAACCGCCACGAGAGUGAGGCGAUCCUAGCCAGACUUGGUGUUCCUUUUCAAAUUAAUUUGUUCUCUGAUGUUGAGCACGGGUUUGCGGUCCGCUGCAACUUGGCAGAGCCCCAGCAGAAGUUCGCCAAAGAAGCGGCAUUUGAGCAGGCUGUGGCGUGGUUCGAUCGGUAUGUGAAGGAAUGA